AAAUGUCAAUCCUUCAGUAAACAUAUCGACUUUCCUUAGCCGCCAUGAAUCCUUCCGUCUGCAAGAUCUCCUUCCUCUUCCUCAUCAUCUUCUCCUGUUUCGAUCCCUCCUACGGUGACCACAACGGUUUCCAUGCCAUAUUCCAAUUCGGCGACUCCCUCUCCGACACCGGCAACUUCCUCAUCGCCAACGCCGAUUCCUCCCCGAACAUGGGCCAUCCUCCCUACGGCAUCACCUUCUUCGGCCACCCCACCGGCCGCCUCUCCGACGGCCGCAUCAUCGUCGACUUCAUCGCUGAGGCAUUCGGACUUCCUCUGCUUCCGCCAUUUCUGUCGGGCGACGACCAGAGCUUUUCGAAGGGCGCAAGCUUCGCCGUCAGCAGCGCCACCGCUCUCGACGUGUCCUUCUUCCAGGAGAGAGGCGUCGGAGUCGGGACUAACUUGUCGCUGAGCGUCCAGCUCGAGUGGUUCCAACGGCUCGUUCCUUCGCUCUGCAACACCACUAGAGGGUGCAAGAAGUACUGGAGAAAAUCUCUGUUCAUGGUCGGAGAGAUCGGCGGAAACGACUACCUGGGCCCGUGGGUGUUCAACAUGCAGACCGAGCAGCAGGUGACGGCCUACGUCCCCACCGUCGUCGAGGCCAUCAAGAACGCCACGGAGAAAUUGAUCGAGCUCGGGGCUGUGAAUCUGGUGGUGCCGGGGAACCCGCCGUCCGGUUGCUUCGCCAGCAUCCUCACGCUGCUGAACGGCACCAGGGCGGAAGAGUUGGAGCCGGGCACGGGAUGCUUGAGGAGGGCCAACGACUUGAUCAGGUACCACAACCGACUGCUCCGGCGCGCGGUGGAGGAGCUGAGGAAGGAGCACCCCCACGCGAGGAUUGGCUACGCGGACUUCUACACGCCCAUCAUCGAAUUCGCCAAGGACCCGGAAGCUUUCGGAUUUAGCUACCGGCCGAAGCUGAACGCUUGCUGCGGCGGAGAGGGGCCUUACCACUUCGACGUGCGCGCCCUGUGCGGCCAGCCCGGAUCGAGCGCCUGCCCAGAGCCGUCCGCCGCCAUCGAUUGGGAUGGGUGGCACGCUACGGAAGCGACCUACCAUCGGAUCGCGGAUUCUUGGUUGCACGGGCCCUUCGCUGACCCUCCCAUCCUGACAUUGAGGAAGCAUUAAUUCGCUGCUACCCAUCAUUAAUGGCGUCGUCGGAGAUGGAUCCGGUGGCCAUCCUUAAUUGCUUUCGUGCAUUUUAUGUUUUUCCCAUCUCAAAUAAAUUUAAAAUUCUAUAUAAUAUGAAACUUAAAAAAAAAACAUAUUAAAAAGGACUAAAAGUGUGAUAAAUAUAAAUUAUUUUAUGCGCUUCCGCGCCCACCCUCCCACCGCACCCACCAC